AUGGAUGUCAAUCAGAUCCUGACAGGGACGCUGUCUCCCGACACCGCAAUACGUACACAGGCUGAGGCGCAGCUUACACAAGCAGCUGAAGGAGAUUUUCAAGGCUACCUGCAGACGCUCUCACGUGAGCUCGCAAAUGAGCAAGCGCAGUCGCAAGUGCGCAUGGCCGCUGGCCUGGCGCUCAAGAACUCCUUCUCCGCCCGCGAUUAUGUCCGCUUAAAAGAAGUGCAAGCUCGCUGGCUGGAGCAGAUUGAUCAAGCCACCAAGACGCAGGUGAAAGGGUUGGCAUUACAGACUCUCGGUUCUACCGACAGCAGGGCUGGGCAGUCAGCGGCGCAGUUCAUCUCCUCAAUCGCAGCGAUUGAGCUGCCAAGAGAGCAAUGGCCGGAGCUAAUGCCGACGUUGGUGGAGAACGUGGGAAGCGGGAGUGACCAGAAGAAGCAGGCUUCGCUUACCACCAUCGGCUUUAUUUGCGAGUCCGACGACCAGGACCUAAGAGACAGCCUGGCCCAGCACAGCAAUGCUAUCCUCACAGCUGUUGUGCAAGGUGCACGUAAGGAGGAGCCGAACAACGACAUCCGUAACGCGGCCAUCACUGCGCUUGGUGAUUCUCUAGAGUUCGUUAGGACCAACUUCGAGAACGAAGGCGAGCGCAACUACAUCAUGCAGGUCAUCUGCGAAGCCACCCAGGCGACCGACACCCGCAUACAGUCCGGCGCAUAUGGCUGCCUGAACCGCAUAAUGGGUCUCUACUACGAGAAGAUGCGCUUCUACAUGGAGAAGGCGCUAUUUGGACUCACAAUCCAAGGCAUGCGGAGCGAGGAAGAAGACGUUGCGAAGCUGGCCGUCGAGUUCUGGUCCACUGUCUGCGAAGAAGAGAUCAGCAUCGAAGACGACAAUGCGCAAGCGGAAGGGACCGACGCUCUAAGACCCUAUUACAACUUCGCACGCAUAGCCACGCAAGAAGUUGUCCCGGUGCUCCUCGAUCUGCUCGCGCGGCAAGAUGAGGAUGCUGCUGACGAUGAGUACAACAUCUCACGCGCAGCAUACCAGUGCGUGCAACUCUGGGCGCAAGCUGUCGGCAGCCAAAUCGUCGCUCAAGUGCUGCAGUUCGUGGAGAAGAAUUUGCGGAGCGAAGACUGGCACCAACGUGAUGCAGCCGUCUCUGCCUUCGGCGCAAUCAUGGAGGGUCCAGACGAGAAAGUCCUCGAACCUCUGGUCAAGCAAGCACUGCCUGUGCUCAUUGGCAUGAUGAAUGACAGCUCGAUCCAAGUUAAGGACUCGGCAGCCUAUGCUCUCGGUCGCAUCUGCGAAGCUGUGCCUGACGCGAUUGAUCCAAACGAGCAUCUGCAGACACUCAUAAGCGCACUCUUCCAGGGCCUGUCAUCACAUCCCAAGAUGGCUGCGUCCUGCUGCUGGGCUCUCAUGAACCUUGCGGACCGCUUCGCUGGUGAACCAGGUUGUCAGACUAACGCUCUCAGCCCGCAUUUUCAGGCAAGCGUGCAGUCUCUGCUCCAACUCACAGAAACCACUCAGGACAGCCAGCUUCGAACUGCUGCCUACGAAGUACUCAAUGCAUUUGUCACCAACGCUGCGCACGACGCUGUGCAGAUGGUCGGCUCGCUGUCUGAUGUAAUCGUUGACCGUCUUGAAAAGACUAUGUCAAUGCAGGUGGUUAGCGUCGACGACCGCUUGAUGCUGGAGGAGAUACAAACAAGCCUGACGUCAGUGCUUAUUGCCAUCAUUCAGCGACUGGAGAAAGAGAUUGCGCCGCAAGCAGACCGGAUCAUGCAGCUACUGCUCCAACUCCUACAGAGUCUCGGACCCAAAAGCUCCGUGCCAGAUACCGUCUUUGCUGCAAUCGGCGCCAUCGCCAACGCCCUCGAAAGUGACUUCGAGAAAUACAUGCCGGCCUUCUCACCCAUGCUGCUGGGGGCGCUAAACAACCAAGAGGAGCCCCAACUGUGCGCCAUGGCUAUCGGGUUAGUUUCAGACAUUACGCGUGCAUUGGAAAGCAAAGUGCAGCCUUUCUGUGACCAAUUCAUGAACAGCUUGCUCAGCAAUCUCAGGUCGACAACACUGGGCAAUCAGUUCAAGCCCGCCAUUCUACAGUGCUUUGGCGACAUUGCGCAGGCGAUCGGUGGGCAGUUCGAAGCAUACCUAUCUGUCGUGGCGCAGGUGUUGCAGCAAGCGGCUGGCAUCUCGACACAGGGUGAGAACGUGGGUACCUUUGAAAUGCUCGACUACAUUGUCAGCUUGAGAGAAGGCAUCAUGGAUGCCUGGAGCGGCAUCAUCAACGCGCUUCGUGCAGGUGGCAAAACCAACCUGCUGCAGCCGUACGUUGAGUCGAUCUUUCAGCUGCUGCAGACUGUCUACCAAGAUCCCAACCGCACAGAAGCUCUACUAAGGUCGUCAAUGGGUGUCAUUGGCGACGUCUCAGAAGCCUUCCCGAACGGCGAAGUCAGCCACUAUUUCCGCGCCGACUGGCUAACAAACAUGGCACGCGACACUCGCGCUAACAAGGACUUCUCGCCGCGUACGCAGGACACUGCGCGGUGGGCGAGAGAGCAGAUCAAGCGUCAAGCCGGUAAGUCUAUGAUCCACUCUUCAUUCGCGCCGUCUAUGGCAGUUUUCGCAUUACGAAAUCGAAAGUGCGGAAACGCCCUCAGAGCUGCUUGA